AUGACGGCCACGUUGAAAGGGUCUUCUCCCGGGGGCCCCCAAGGGGGCCCCGGGGGGCCCCCGGGGCCUCGGGGGCCCCCUGCGCCCAUUGGGGCCCCCGGAGUCCCUUCUUUGAGGCCCCUUGGAAACAGUCUGAAGAGAGAGGGGCCCCCAGAGUAUGGGGGCCCCCACCCCUUGGCAGGGGGGGACCUAAGGGGCCCCCGGGGGCCCCGGGGGCCCCGGGAGCCUCGGGGGCCCCCCCCUAGACAUGAGGGCCAGCGCAGCCUGCAGCAAACUGGCCAGGGGGCCCCCAGCUCUGCGGGCCUUGCAGGGUUGGGGCCCCCAGGGCCUCUUGAGGCGGGCUGGCUGGGGGGCCCCCCCGCGGGCGCCUCUGGGGGCUCUCCAGAGGGGCCCCCAGGGGCCCCUGGAGGGAUUUAUCAGAGCCAUGGGGGGCCCCUUGAGGGUCCUGGGGGGCCCCUAGGGCACCAGGGGGGCCCCCUGUUUCACAGCCCCGCCAGGGGGCCCCCUGAAGGCCCACCCACAGCUACUGAGAAGUCCCGAAGGGGCCCCGUAAGCUCUUCCUCUAGAGGCCCCCAGGGGGGCCCCCAUGGGGGCCCCCAUGGGGGCCUCCAUGGAGGCCCCCCGGGGGGCCCCCAGGGGGGCCCGCAUGGGGGCCUCCAUGGGGGCCCCCCGGGGGGCCCCCAGGGGGGCCCCCACGGGGAAGGUUUUGUUUUGGGAGAGGAGGAAAUGCUGCAGCUAACUGUGAAGCAAAUGUUGCUGCUGCUGCCAGCUGCAACAGCAGCAGCAGUACACGAAUCUCUGAAGCGUUUGCUGCUGCUUCCAGAGCCCCGAGCAGCAGCUGCAGCGGCCCUCGAAAGGUCCUGCUGCUGCUGCUGCUGCUGCUGCAGCAGCAACAACAGCAGCAGCAAAGGGGCUGAACAGCAGCUCCGCGGCGCAGCUGCGCCCCACACAGAGCUUCUGUGGCAGCAACACCAGGGGCCCCAGGGGCCCCAGGGGCCCCAGGGGCCCCCAGGGCCCCCGGGGGCCCCGGGGGCCCCCGAGGGGCCCCCAAACCCUCACAGCCUCCGCUGUCUCCAGGGGCCCCCCAGGCUUCAGCAGCAGCAGGGGCCCCAGCAGGCCCAGGGCCUCGAGGAGCAGCAAACUCUCCAAGGCCCCAAAGGUCCAUGGGGGCCCAAGGUCCAUGGGGGCCCAGUUAAGGGGCCCCAAGGGCCCCCCGGACCCUCUUUUGCCCAGGGGCCUCAGGGGCCCCACUCUGCGCAGGGGCCCCAGGGGACCCAAUUACUUCAGGGGCCCCGGGGGCCCCUGGAGCUCCAGGGGCCCCGGGGCCCCCUGGGGUCCCAGGGGCCUCAGGGGCCCCCAAUAGCACAGUCCGGGGGCCCCCCCUUAGGGCGGGGGCCCCAGCCGCGGCCAAGGCUUUGUGGCCCGAAAAGGGUCCUGGGGGCUGAGGGGCCCCAGGAGGCCCAAAAGGCCCACAGCCCUGAAGCUUAUAAAGCCUCUCAGGGGCCCCCAAGUGGGCCCCAGGGGCCCCCAAGUGGGCCCCAGGGGCCCCCAAGUGGGCCCCAGGGGCCCCCAAGUGUACCCCAGGGGCCCCCAAAUGUGGGCCCUAGCCCGCAGCAGGUCUCGCCAGCUGGAGGCCCCCAAGAGGGGCCCCCUGCUGCUGCUUGCUGCAGUGAAAAUGGCCCCGAAAUGGGUGCUGCGUCGAUAGCCCAUCAGCUGGGGGCCCCCCAUAGGGGCCCCCACUAUGGGGGCCCCCAAGGGGCCCCCCGGGGGGCCCCCAGAGGGGCCCCUCUGGGGCCUGCUGAUGGCUGGCAGGUAUUUCAGGGGCCACUGCAGCAACAGGGACACAGGGGGCCCCACCCUCGUGAAGCCGAGCAGCAGAAAUGCGAGCAAGUUGCCCCGCAGCAGCAGCAGCAGCAGCAGCAGCAGCAGCAGCAAGGACGCCUGCCUCUAGAGGUGCAGCAGCAAAAGAAGGAGGAACAGCAGCAACAGCAGCAACAGCAGCAACAGCAGCAACAGCAGCUACAGCAGCUACAGCAGCUACAGCAACAUCAGCAGCAGCAGCAGACGCAGAAGCAAGAGCAGCAACCGCAGCAAGAGCAGCAGCAGGAGCAGCAGCAGCAGCAAACAGUGCUGCUUAGCUCUCUUCCAAAAGAGCCUCAGCUGCUGCAGCCACAAAGGGCCCCUCUACCCCCGAGGCCCCGACCAGCAGACCCGGGGGCCCCCGGGGGGCCCCCCAUGCAGAGGGACACAACUGCUGCAAGCAGCAGUUGGGUUUCUGAGGAAGAGUCACUGCAGCAGCAGUUGCAGCAGCAGCAGCUGCUGCAGAAACACUUGCUGCAGCAGCAACUGCAGGAGCAGCAACCGCUGCAACACCAGCAGCCACUGCAGCAGCAGCAGUUGCUGCAGCAGCAACUGCAGGAGCAGCAACCGCUGCAACACCAGCAGCCACUGCAGCAGCAGCAGUUGCAGCAGCAGCAGCUGCUGCAACCGCAAAAGCUGCAACAGCAGCUGCAGGAGCAGCAACAGCUGCAGCAGCAGCGACUGCAGCAGCAGAGACUGCUGCAGCUGCUACAGCAGGAGCAGCUGCAGCAACAUUUUCAGCAGCUGCAGCUGGGCUCUCGAGAGCAGGCUCUGUGGGUGCCACGUGAAGCAGCAGCAGCAGCAGCAGCAGCAGCAACAGCAGCAGCAACAGACGAAACAGUCUCCAGCGAAGAUGCUGCUGGUACAAAUCGAAGCAGCAGCACCGAAGAUGAAGGAAGAUCUUCAGCCACUGCGCUGCAGACAGCAGCGCAGAAGCAGCGGCAGCAGUGGCAGCAGCAGCAGCGGUGGCAGCAGCAGCAGCAGCAGCAGUGGCAGCAGCAGCAACAGCAGCAGCAGCAGCAGCAGCAGCAGCUAUUUAGGAGCGUUGCUGAGGAUGAAAGAUACUUCGUGUCUCCUUGUGAGACUGCUGGGGGCCCCAGCAGCCCCGAGGGGCCCCAACUGGGGGGCCCCCAGAAGAGCUGCGCUGCAGCUGUGCUGCAGGGGCCCCCGCAGCAGCAGCCAUCCACGACGGUGCAGCAGCAGCAGCAACAGCAGCAGCAAGAGGAGGAGCCUUACAAAGCGAAGCUGCGUUCUUAUGAAAGUGAGCCGGAGCAUCCACACUGGUGCGGCAGCAGCAGCAGCAGCAGCAGCAGCAGCAGCAGCAGCAGCAGCAGCAGCAACAGCAGCGCGCGCAACUCGCUGUCGCUGCCACCGCAGGAGCAGCAAAUCGUGCCGACGAUAGCCAAGAUGCUGCAGCAGCGGGGCAUUCUUAGAGAGGCCCCUUGGGUGUCCUCUUCCUUUCCAGCUGCUGCAGCAGCAAGCACCAGCCUAUACAGCAGCAGCAGCAGCAGCAGCGGCAGCAGCGGCAGCAGCAGCAGGAUGAGUCUGUCUACAGACUUGGGGCCUGGGUCUCAGGAGUUCUGCAGCAUCGACGACGAGAACGCCCUGGGCUUCUCUCUGAAUGAUAAGGGGCCCCCAGCAGCAGCAGCAGCAGCAGCAGCAGCAGCAGCAGCAGCAGCAGCAGGGUCUCAGGGGGCCCCCGGGGGGGCCCCCACGGCAAGGGGCCCCUCAAGGUUCCUGCGGCGGCGCCCAGAAAGAGUUGUGCUGCAGCGCAGCAGCAAAGCAGAACUUCCGGACUUCUCUUACGUAACAAGUGUCGUAAGGAAAGAGUGCUGGCGACGGGCUAAAACGCAGCAGCAGCAGCAGCAGCAGCAGCAGCAGCAGCAGCAGCAGCAGCAGCAGCAGCAGGGGAAGCCGUGCACGCAGCGACACAAUAUGGAGCAGCAAACGCAACGCCAAGUACGGCCACAGCAGCAGAUGCAGCAAGCCAAACGGCAGCAGCCGCAACAGCAACAGCAGCAGCAGCAAAGGCUGCAGCAGCAAAAGCCGCAGCAGCAAAAGCCGCAGCAGCAACAGGAGCAGCAGCAGCAGCAACCGCAAGAACAACAGAACCACUAUCAAGAGCAGCAGCAGCAAAUGCAGGAACAACAAAAGCAGCAGCAGCAGCAGCAGCAGCAGCAGCAGCAGCAGCAGAUUCCAGCCAGGGCGGCGCUAAUGCGGGCGCAAGCCGCACGGCUACUCGCUGGGAGUCAGCAGCAGCUGCAGCAGCGCGUCGCCGAGAGGCUCAGGGGCGGCUCCUUGCUGCAGCAGCAAGAAGCGAACAGGAGGGCCAUCGUUGCUGCUGCUGCUGCUCCUGCUGCUGCUGCUGCUGCUGCUGAGGCCCGGGCGCCUCCCCAAGACCCCAUACACCCCAGCUCUGGCGCUGCAGACAAGGAACAACAGCCACAGCAGCAGCAGCAGCAGCAGCAGCAGCAGCAGCAGCAGCAGCAGCAGCAGCAGCAGCAGCAAAUUGUGCUGCUGCAGCAUGACAUUAUAGAAGAAGUAGCCCCUCCUUGCAGCUAUUUGCCCUAUUUGCCGCGCGGCCGUCGCCUCCUGACUGCCCCAGACGGGAGCCCCUCCGAGGGCCCCUUGGGGGCCCCCAAGGGGGCCCCCCAGGGGCCCCCCCAGGGGCCCCUCACGGGGCCCCCCCAGGGGGGCCCCCAGGGGUUUCCGCUGGAGGCGCCUACAGAGGGGCCCCCAGGGGCCCCUAAAGGGGCUCAGCUCUGCUGCCUAGGCCCUUGUGGGGGCCCCCCAGAGGGCCCCUUCCCAGAAACCCUAGAAGACCUCUGCGGGGGCCCCCGUGGCAGCAGCUGGGAGGGCCAGUGCAGCCCUCGCGGGGGGCCCCCUGGGGGCCCCUCUGGGAACUUCGCUAGGGGCCCCUCUAUGGGCACCAAUGGGGGAGUCACGGGGGCCCCCAACAAGGCCGGUAGGGGCCCCUAUGGGGGCCCCAAUGAAGACCACAGUGGGGGCCCCCAUGGAGACCCCAGUGGGGGCCCCAGUGAGGGCCCCAGCGAGGGUUACGCUACGGGCCCCCCUGGGGGCCCCUCUGGGGGCCCCUCAGGGUGCCCCUCUGGGGGCCCCUCGGGGGGCCCCUCGGGGGGCCCCUCGGGGGGCCCCCCUGGGGCCCCUAGUGAGGGCCCCCGUUCUGAUAGUGGGCGAAAGGGGUUUUCGCUGGCGGGCUUCAGCGCUUUGGCGAUUUUGAGGGCUGCCAACAAAAUGAAAGAUAUGAAUAGAAAGAAGCAAAAGAGCUGCAGCAGUUCUUGUCCUGCGCAGGCACAAACAGAGUGGACAGAUGAGGAUGAAGAAGAAAUAUCUGGGGCGGAGGGCCUGCGCCAGUCGUACCAGGAGUGCCCAGGGUAG